AUGUCUUGGUUAAAGGCAAGCGCGGAAGGCGCAUUCAAGAAACUAAAGCCGGAACCCGGCGGAAACGGCACGGGGUCUGGUAGUUCUGCCCUGUCACCUUCCCUGGGACCGCAGCAUGCCGGUCACACACCCACCACGGCGUCUUGUCCCACGCCAGCACGACGGCGACAUAGGACUACAUUUACACAGGAACAAUUAGCGGAAUUAGAAGCAGCGUUUGCCAAAUCACACUACCCCGAUAUCUACUGCAGAGAAGAGCUGGCGAGAACGACUAAACUCAACGAGGCUAGGAUACAAGUUUGGUUUCAAAAUCGUCGAGCGAAAUACCGCAAACAAGAAAAGCAGCUCCAAAAAGCGUUGGCACCAGCCGUCCUCCCUGGCUGCAAUGGCAUGAUGAGAAAUAUUCAGGGCUACAGAGGCUACCAGCCGUAUCCACAUCCUAACACUAUUAAUAGGUAUCCACAGCAUCACGGUAGCUACGAAGAGUUACAGAAGGACAUAUUCUCACUAUCGCAGAUGGGUGGCGGCUCAUAUCCGAUGCCACAAGGCUUUUCAAUGGGCCAUAGCGCAAACAUGAGCGCUGUUGGUAUGCGACAAGAUUCAAUGGGAAUGAGCGCUGAAGAUGAGUGGUAUAACAAAUCAUUGUCGGCACUCCGGAUGAACACGGGCCACCACGCGAACCUCGCAGCUGCUCCGAUGCUGCAAUACCAGACCUAA